ACCGGUGGUUUCAGAGAAAGCAACCAGCAUGAAGCCAUCCUGCGAGUAGACAAUGGCGCACCGAAAGGGCUACCUGGCGCAAUCAAACCGAAGCAACUGAAGCGGGGAGUGAGUCGCACUGACUGACUCCGAACUGCUUCCACAGCCACCCAGCACUUCUUCCGCAUGCACUAUCGUUACUGCAAAAGAACCCGCCACGGCUAUUGCUAUUUGGUCUGAUAACACUAUUCAUUUGAAAGAAGUCAUCACCGUCAUCACGACCACCUGGCAGAAAACACAAUUGUCACUCCGAUUGCACAAUAAUCGCACCAUGGCAGAAGUCGACGAAGUAAUCCCUUCCCUCUCGGUAGUUGACGAGAACAAUGAGACCAAGACAAUUCGGGUUUUCCGGCUCUCCUUAAAUCGAGUGGUCGUGGAAAUCUCUUCGGUUGGUGCCUCCAUUACCAAAAUCUUGCUCCCAAACGAAGAUGGUUCCCGAACCGAUGAUAUUACUCUGGGCUACAAGAGUCCAGCAGAAAUGUUCUCCUCAGGAAACCCUCCCUUUUUGGGAGUGGUUGUUGGAAGGGUAGCCAAUAGAAUCGCCAAGGGAAAAUUUCAACUGGACGGAAACAGCUACUCACUCGAACUCAACAAUGGGCCCAACCAUCUUCAUGGUGGCAGCGGAGGAUUCAAUCGUCGCCUCUGGGAGAUGGAAAUGGUUGAUGUACCCAUGGGAGAAGGAGGAAAGACCACGAGGGGUGUCCGGUGCACUCUCCAGAAUCAAGACGGUGAUCAAGGGUAUCCAGGGACCGUUCUGGUCACGGCGACGUAUUCCUUGCAACCCAAAACCCCACUAGGUGCGGGAGCGGCGCUACGACUGGACAUGAAGGCACAUCUGCAAGAUGAAAAAGCGACGCCCAUCAACUUGGCACAGCACACUUACUUUAAUCUGGCAGGACACAAUGACCCACAUGGGAUUUUGGAUCAUACGGUUCGUCUCGCAUGUCCCUACUACACCCCGAAUGAUGCCACUUCCAUUCCGACUCGCAGAGUCGUGGCGGUCAAGGAUGAUCCAGCCAUGGAUCUGACCGGUGGAGUCUUGAUGAGAGAAGCACUCAAAGGUUUCGCUACAAAGAAGGCUGGACUUACGGAAGAAGAAGCCUUUCAGCACCAGUCUGGGGCCCGAAUUGGAGCUACCGUGGCCAAAUCAGGGCCCAAGGAUUGCCUGACACCUGGAGAGCCGUAUGGAUUUGAUCACAACUACGUGGUGGACAGGACUAGUAGUCCCUCGGAAAAUCUCAAUCUUGUGGGCACUAUCGAACAUGAAGCAUCCAGACGUCGCAUGCUGGUCUACACCAGUGCCCCGGGUGUCCAGGUCUAUACGGGUAAUUACUUGGAUGGUGUCAAUCCGGAUGCUCAAAUCUGCAAGGAUGGAGCUGUUUAUGGGCAAUGGCAGGGAAUGUGUUUGGAAACACAGCAUUUCCCAGACUCCAUACUCAGCCCAGAAGAAGAAACAGAAUUUCCAGAAUUCGCCAGUGGCAAGUGCCACAUUUUGCGACCUGGAAGUGCCCAUUAUGAACAUACAGUCGAGUACCGAUUCGAACAGAUUGUGGAUUGAUUGGAAAGAAACGCAUCGCAACGCCAAGCAGCGAACGAUGAGAGAACCUACGAAAGGUUUUUAUUUGUCGAAUGCGUGUCAAAAAGUAUAGAAUGUAAUUUUUAUGUAGCUGUUCCACCUACUUUAC